CCACUCGACCACGGGAGCAACAAUUUUGGCUGGAUCUUUGAAUACAAAUGGCCAAUACUGCUUGUUCGCGACGAUCGCGACUCGAGCUAUAAAACGAGCGGAGAAGAGGAGAAGAAAGGAUGAUGCAAUCGCAUGCACACAUAGCAUAUGUAGUGCAGUCAUUUGUACGACGUCGCCCGCUGUGCAGUCGACUUGUUAGCACCAAACCACCAGCCACAACAAUUCAAUUCACCAUAUAAAAGGGGAGCAGCAGCAGUCCGUAGAGUUAGUUACAAUUAGAAUUUGUGUAGUAGCAAUUAAGAACUUGUGUAGGAUUAGUGAAGUGUAGAAAGUAUUAAUAAAUAUUUUUUUAAUGUUUAUAUAGUAAUAAAAUCGUAAUUGGCGCCCGAAUAGGGACAUCGCGAGUGUAAAAAGUAGGAAGAUUCACCACGUCAGAGUGUUGUGACAAUCCGAAAAAUCCAGGAUUCUAACCGCUACAAAGCAGCCGUGUGGAUAGGCUCCAUUAGUAGCAUUGCAAACAGGAGAAAGCCACCACACCGGAAGGAAUUUGGGCACUGCGGUGGUUCCCGACCCGAGGAGUCCAACUGUCAGAAGUUUAGGACCAAGCAUCAAGACGAAGACCACAACCUCGCGCUUUCACUGGUAGAAGCUGAAAGUAAUGUUUAUUUUUAUAUUUAUAAUAUGCUCUAUGCUAAUAAUUCAAGCCGAAAUCCAAAUUCACGAUUUAAAUAGAAACCCGAUCGCAAUUAUACCUUUAGGUAAAGUAAAAAUAAAAAUAGGACAUAUAAGAAUUAUACAACCUAUAGAUCUUAACCAACUUCAUGACAUAAUUCUCAAAUUUGAUAAUUUGAUAAAACAAAAUGUAUUCAAUAGUCAGUUAUAUCGAUUGUUAGAAAAUAGAAAUCAUUUAUUAUAUCAAACAUAUUUGAAAAUUGUACCACACAACACAUCACAAAGUCGUAUGAAACGAUGGGACGAUGCAGGAAGAAUUUUGAAGUGGAUUGCUGGAACGCCUGAUGCAGAUGAUUUAAAAAUAAUCAACAAUACUAUGAACUCAUUAAUUGAUUACAACAACCAACAAAUGUUUGUCAACGAAGCUCUCAACUCCCGUGUAAACCAUUUAAGCCAAAUCACCAAUGAACUAUUAGAAUUGGAUUUCAAAUCUAAACAGCAACAUAUAAUCGAAAUCAAUCUUCUGACGAUUCUGUUAAAUCUGGACAAAGCACAACAUCAACUAGUAAUAUUAGAAGAUGCUAUUUUACUUGCAAAAAAUGGAAUUCCCAGUAGUCAAAUAUUGUCUAUGAAAGACUACCUAAAAAUAAGCAAAUUUCUACAAAAGCAAAAUAUUACUGUAACAUCAUUCGAAGAAUUGCUUACAAAAAUCAACACACAGAUUGCUAUAAAUAAUACACAUGUGAUAUAUAUGAUGAAAAUACCACAACUUUCAAACGAAGUUUACGAUUAUGAAUAUAUAAACCCAUUGAUUCAUAAUGAAACAAGAAUUCAUGUUGAAUCCAACUAUGUCAUCAACAACAAAUCUCAUAUCUUCGAAGUAUCAAGGAAAUGUGAAAAGGAUGCUGAAUAUUUUUUAUGUGAACCUGAAUCAUUAAAAAUUGCAAAUCUAUGUAUCAAAAAUUUGAUUCAACUACGCCAUGCAAACUGCACACAUGAAAAAGUUUAUUCAACAGGAAUAAUUAAAAGAAUCAACGAUGCAACAAUACUUCUGAAUAACGUGAAUAUAACAAUACAGAGCAACUGCAGUCAUCUAAACCAAUUAUUGGAAGGAUCAUACCUAAUCAAUUUCGCCCAAUGUGAAAUUUAUCUCGGACACAACCAAUAUACAAAUAUGAUUAUGGAGAGCCCAAAGAAAUUAUUUAGACCAACAACUGGAAUAUUAGCAUAUGAAGACGACAUUAUUGAUAUCCCAACACCUGAAUAUUUAGCAAAUUUGACAUUGAAGCAUAGAUCAAUGAUAAAUCAUGUAUACUUGCAGAACAAUUCACUCGAAAGGAAACUUCACCUUUAUGGAACUAUCAGUUUUUCAACAUUUUUCUUGAUAGCAAUUAUAAUUACUAUCUACUUCAUCUAUAUAAGAAAGCAAUCUCUAAAUACUAAUAUCGAAAUUAGUUUACAUGAGCAAGAAAAAGCAUCAGCACCUGAAGAAAAUCAACUUAACAAAUCAUUAUAUCCCGACAUUUCUGAAGAAAGAAUGCAACAAAUUAAUAUUUUUUUGAGAAUGCCGACUGCGGAUCGACCUAUUUGACUUUGAGGGCAAAGUCAUUUAAACGGGGGAGAGUUAGCACCAAACCACCAGCCUCAACAUCCAAUUCUGGAUAAAUUCAUCAACGCACCCAGUACCAACGAAUCAAUGCCAGCCAAAACAUUUGCCAUCAGUUCCAGAUACCUGCCGGUACCGAGGAAGACAAAAACAAAACAUCACCAGCGAGCAACAACACGCGCCACCUGCGUUUCUUCGAAACCAUCUGGCGCAUUCCAAUUCACCAUAUAAAAGGGGAGCAGCAGCAGUCCGUAGAGUUAGUUACAAUUAGAACUUGUGUAGUAGCAAUUAAGAACUUGUGUAGGAUUAGUGAAGUGUAGAAAGUAUUAAUAAAUAUUUUUUUAAUGUUUAGAUAGUAAUAAAAUCGUAAUUGGCUCCCCAGACUUUAAUUGCCAACAUGCAC